CGCCGUGAAUGCUAGAACUCGGCGGGGCGGAGAGGAGAGAGACGGCGGCUGGAGCCGAGGAAGGAGCCGGCGGGCGGUGCUCGCCUGAGGGCGGGGCCUGGGCGGAACCGCCUUCUGGGCGGGCCUCGACGGGAGGCUCCGCCCCCUGGACGCGCCUCCCACGGCGGCGACGUGCGCUGGGCCGGGGCCUGGGUGCCCCCGAGGGUCAGUCCCCGAUGUUUCCGUGUUCCUCAGGCGUCUGCAACCCGCCUGGGUUGCGGCGUCUGCUCGCCCUUCUGCGUCCGCAGCUCGGUCCCCACGUUCCCGCUCGCUGGGCCCCACGGGCCGGGAGCGUUGCCCCUUUGACGAGAGUAGCCCGGGUCGCUCCGGAUCCUUCCCGGGACGGCGCGCACCCGCCCCUCCGCGCGCGCCCGCGCUUCCCCCGCUCCUCGCUCCCGCCCCAGCUCGCGCUGCCCGGGCGGGCGCCGGCCGCUGGCGCCGCUACUGCUGCCGCCCCCGGGGCGCGAGUCCUCCGCCCGGGCACCCGGCGAGGGGCGGGGGCAGCUCCGAACCGGCCCCGGAUCCUUCCCGCUCUCGCCUCACGCUUCCCAGAAAGCUUGUCCCUCUCCGCCGAGCUGCUCCGGGAGCCCCGCCGCGCCGAGGGUAUCUCCCAGAGCCCCAGCUGGUGUGGCCAGGCCCCAGGAGUAGGAUGGGGCUCCCCCUUCGAGGGCCGGUGGCAGCCAGAACUGAUACAUCCCACCUGGUCUGGGGCCAGGACGCCAGGAGUGUCUGGAGCCAUGGCUGGUGCCUCGGUGAAAGUGGCAGUGAGAGAUCGGCCCUUGAACGCCCGCGAGACCAGCCAGGAUGCCAAGUGUGUGGUCAGCAUGCAGGGCAACACCACCUCCAUCAUCAACCCUGAACAGAGCAAGGAUUCCCCCAAAAGCUUCACCCUUGACUACUCCUACUGGUCACACACUUCGGUGGAGGACCCCCAGUUUGCAUCUCAGCAGCAAGUGUGUCGGGACAUUGGAGAAGAGAUGCUGCUCCACGCCUCUGAAAGCUACGACGUGUGCGACUUUGCCUACCGGCAGACCGGGGCUGGGAAAUCCUAUACCAUGAUGGGGCGGCAGGAGCCAGGGCAGCAGGGCAUCGUGCCCCAGCUCUGUGAGGACCUCUUCCCUCGCGUUAGUGAGAACCAGAGUGCUCAGCUAUCCUACUCUGUGGCGGUGAGCUAUAUGGAGAUCUGUUGUGAGCGGGUACGAGACCUCUUGAACCUCAAGAGUCGGGGUUCUCUGCGGGUCCGGGAGCACCCCAUCCUGGGCCCCUACGUGCAGGACGUGUCCAGAUUGGCUGUGACCUCCUACGCAGACAUUGCUGACCUCAUGGACUGUGGAAAUAAAGCACGGACUGUGGCUGCCACCAACAUGAAUGAGACCAGCAGCCGUUCCCAUGCCGUCUUUACCACCGUCUUCACACAGCACUGCCAUGACCAGCCCAUGGGGCUAGACUCGGAGAAGGUCAGUCAGAUCAGUUUGGUGGACCUUGCUGGGAGUGAGCGAGCCGACUCCUCGGGCCAGGGCAUGCGCCUGAAGGAGGGAGCCAACAUCAAUAAGUCCCUGACUACACUAGGGAAGGUGAUCUCGGCCCUUGCAGAUAUGCAAUCAAAGAAGCGGAAGUCGGAUUUUAUCCCCUACAGGGACUCUGUGCUCACCUGGCUGCUCAAGGAAAAUUUGGGUGGGUGGGAACUCACAGCAAUGAUGGCAGCCCUGAGCCCUGCUGACAUCGAUUACGAGGAGACUCUCAGCACCCUCAGGUAUGCUGACUGCACCAAGCAGAUCCGCUGCAAUGCCGUCAUCAACGAGGACCCUAAUGCCCGGCUGAUUAGAGAGCUGCAGGAGGAAGUAGCCCGGCUGCGGGAACUGCUGAUGGCUCAGGGACUGUCAGCCUCUGCUCUGGAAGGCCUGAAGACGGAAGAAGGGAGUGUCAGAGGCGCCCUGCCAGCUGUGUCAUCUCCCCCGGCUCCAGUUUCACCCUCAUCACCCACCACACAUCAUGGGGAGCUGGAGCCGUCAUUCUCCCCCAACACGGAGCCCCAGAUUGGGCCUGAGGAAGCCAUGGAGAGGCUGCAGGAGACAGAGAAGAUUAUAGCUGAGCUGAAUGAGACGUGGGAGGAGAAGCUACGCAAGACAGAAGCCCUGAGGAUGGAGAGAGAAGCAUUGCUGGCUGAGAUGGGGGUGGCCGUCCGGGAGGAUGGGGGAACUGUGGGCGUCUUCUCUCCAAAGAAGACUCCCCACCUGGUGAACCUGAACGAAGACCCUCUGAUGUCUGAGUGUCUGCUCUACCACAUCAAAGAUGGCGUCACCAGCACUCUCGGCCUCCCAACAAAUUGCUUAUGGUUCUCUGCAGACCCCACACUGUGUCCUACCUUUGUGCCUUUCCUCUUCCUGGAAGAUCCUCCACACCUCACAGCCCCCUUCUACUGGCUGGCUCCUACUCACCGAGUCACAGGGGGAAGACGUCCAUACACGCAUGAGGAGACAGGCCUGGAACAGAGCCUUCCUGCACAGCCUCAGAAAGGACCCACCCUGCUGACACCUGGAUCUCGGACCCAUGGCCUCCAGUGCUGCGAGAUGGUCCAUGGAAGAGUUGUCUUCAAGAAAACUGCUCUCUGUUGCCAAAAAGUUUGGGGACCGCUGGUGUAAAGGUUUCUAAGAAUAGUUAAGCAACUUAAGCUUUACAUGCUACAAAGAAUACAGGUUUAAAUGCUAAUAAAAAUAGGUGCAAAUGAAAACACUCUUUCUGUGGUCCAGGGAAUCUUAACCAUUCUAUCAGAAAGACUUGCAGCUUGGAGCUGCAGCUGCCCUCCCACAUCCUGUCCACUGUAAAGCCCUGCAACACACUCACACACACACACACAUGCACAUACAUACACAUGCAUAUACUUGCACACAUGCACCUAAAUACAUUCACGUGUAUAUACCUGCACACACACACGCACAUACAUACACAGGCAUAUACCUGCACACACAUACACACAGACACACACACAUGCUGUGCUUCAUGCCCUCACUAGGGUGGCCUGGGAGGAAAUGUGUGUUUUUAGGAGAAAUGAAGACAACUCAGGCCCCUCAUUCUCCUGGUGUUUGCACAAGUGCCUUCUCUGCAGACCAUGCUUCAGUCUCUUGUUUCUCCCUCUUACUGAAAGAGAGAAGCAGAGGCCCGGCACAUACUCGGCUGCUUAGGGCACAAGCCAAGUUCACAAGCUUCCUGGGGAGCCUAGUAAGAUGAGGCACUGCAGAGCUUCUUCCCCUAAAGAGGUGUCGGCUUUUCAUGGAUCCUUGAGCCCAGGAACUCGAUAGGUGAGACAUCACAGUUCAUCAGAAGACACAAGCAAACUCCGGUGAGAGAGGGCAACGGUCAAAGAUUUUAUUCUCUCGGAGAAGGGGUUCUAAGGCUGUAAGCAGGAGGCAGAAGACUUUAUUGCAAGCGUAGUUAGGUGAUGGCGACCUACGGUUUUCACUGGGAACUGGGAUCGAGAGUGACCCGACCUCCUACUCAUGCUCGUCUCUCCCUGUCUCUCUGCCUUUUGUGUCUCUCCCCCUCUCUCUCGCUCCUUUUCCUCUCAGCCUCCUGUGUCUCUUUAAUCUCUCUUCCCCUCUCUGUCUGUCUCCCUUCUCCCCAUCUCUCUUUCUCCUUCUUUUCCUCUUCUCUCUCCCUCCUCGUCUCUCUGCCUGCCACUGUUCAGGCUCCUGGGGCCCCACGUGGAUGGGCGGACACAGGACUCCCAGGCUACCUUUCAUAGCGCAAGCACAGGGCUGCAGGACCUUGGUCCCCACCUCCCAGCAUCCUCGAAAUGAGGGGUGUGGGGUGUGCUGUGCUCUCCUGAGUGGGCGCCCCACCCUCCAGGAAGCAGAAACUGCAGGUCACAGCUGGCUCGAGUGGUGCGCCCACAGGAAGUGGGCUGCCAGCUUCCAUCCUGUGAUCUGCUGAGGCCAAAGCAGAGGACAGCAGCCCAGGCCCGUCUCUGCAGCAGGGUGGGGGUAGGGGUGGGCUUGCGGGUGGGGAUGGGGAUGGGAGCCGCCAAUGCAAACUGGCCCCUGGCUGGUUUCCUACCCUGCACCCUGCCAUGCAAGGCCUCCUCUCCCACCCCUACCCCUGUCUGCCCCACCUCCACCCCUAGGCUGCCCCACACCCAGGCUCCAGAAGUCUCCCAGGAUCCAGGAGCUAAGGGCAACCACUGGGUUCUACAGCCCCUAAUCCAUGAGUCAGCCACCCCUCUGCGUGCUGACAAACCUUGGCUCUCAUGCCCCACCCCAAGCCAACCAGACAGCCCUGUCCCCCCACCAGCAUUAUUACCGCCUCCUGAUUUUAGCCCUGACAGCCCUGCUUCCUGGUAACCUUGCCCCUCCCACCCUGAUCCAGGCAAGCCCAAAGGCCAGCGCCCUCCACCCACCCUUCCUGGGGGCCACUCUACUAUCUCCUUGCCCAGAUGUCUUCACCUGGCUUUACCGAGAUAGAAUAAAUAACAGGGAUGAGGCCCCGGGCUCCGCCAGGAAGAUGUGCCAAAAUACUCUCCAUUUAGAAGCAGGAACAGUGAUGGGGCCUAUGGAUGACCCCAGGAUUGUCACCCAAGCAGCAAGAAGGGCAAGGAGCCCGGUGUCUUGGCCUUACCCUGGGAGGUCGUGGCCAGGGCUUCAAAAGGCCCUGGAGAGGGGUGGGCAGGAGAGCAGAUCCACCCUCCUCUCGAGGAAGCAGCCACCGCCCCCAGGAAGAGCAGGUGGGGGCACACAGGCAGAGUCCCCGCGUGCUGCCAGCAGAUCUGCAGUCAGCCUCAGCACCGGGGGAGCUGCAAGACAGACUGAGACCCUCAGGUUGGGCUCUGUGUCCCCACCCAAAUCUCAUCUGGAAUUGUAAUCCUCCUGUGUCAAGGGAGGAACCUGGUGGGAGGGGAUGGGACCUGGGGACAGGUUCCCCCCUGCUGCUCCCCGAUAGUGAGGGAGUUCUCAGGAGAGCUGAUGGUUUGAAAGUGUGGCACUUCCUGGUUCUCCACUCCCUCCUGCUGCCUUGUGGAGAAGGUGCCUGCUUCCCCUUCACCUUCUGCCAUGACUGUAAGUUCCCUGAACUGGGAGUCAAUUAAACCUCUUUCCUUUAUCGA